AAAAUCAGUAAGAACUGCAUCGUAGCUUAAAGAUGUUCAGUUUAUUCGUGAUCGCGUGCCUGUGUUUCCACUCAGGCGUAUUAGGCGUUGACGUCGACUUGGAUCUGGGUCGGAUUCAUGGCGUCAAUUUAACUUCAAGGCUGGGAGUUCCAUUCCAUGCCUUUCGCGGCAUACGCUAUGCAGAGCCGCCUCUUGGGGAGUUGCGUUUCAAGAAUCCAAAACCUGUGAAGCCCUGGGCACCCGCUACAUUCGAUGCCAGUCAGGAUGGUCCCAUGUGUCCUCAGCCCUGGGACAACAUGACAGAUGUUUCAGAAGACUGUCUACGUCUCAACGUCUACACGAAGAACUUAAAUAAAAGUGCUCGGUUGCCUGUGAUUGUAUUUCUGCAUCCAGGUGGCUUCUAUGUGUUCUCUGGGCAGAGCAAAUAUCUUGCAGGGCCAGCCAAUUUAAUGGAUCGUGAUUGUGUCCUAGUCUCACUUAAUUAUCGCCUGGGUACCCUGGGAUUCCUCGCCACAGACAGUGCAGAUGCACCUGGAAAUGCAGGACUCAAGGAUCAAGUGCUGGCACUUCGCUGGAUUCAACAGCAUAUUCAUCACUUUGGAGGUGACCCAAAAUCAGUUACAUUACUGGGAUACAGUGCGGGAAGUGUGAGUAUAGCAUUACACAUGUUAUCGCCAAUGUCUAGAGGGCUGUUUCAUCGGGGAAUCUGUAUGAGUGCAUCGCCAUAUGGAAGAUAUGCCUAUAAUACAUCGGACAUAGUGGUGGCUCAGCGACAGGCCCGUUUACUGAAGUGUCCAGAAACACCUCUAAAAAAUUUGGUCAGCUGCCUUCGCGAGAAACCUAUGAUGGACUUUGUUACUUCUUACAAUGGCAUGUUUGAGUUUGGCUGGAAUCCCAUCUUCAACUGGCAAAUUGUAGUAGAACAGGAUCAUGGACAGGAACGCUUCCUUAUAGAAGAACCUCAUAAAACUGCGCAUAGUGGAAAUUUCUAUAAGGUGCCUCUCAUUUCGGGUAUAACCGAGUUCGAGUUUAUGUCGGCCGCAUUCUUUGAUCUGCGAAAUGAUACAUUACGUGGCAUGCUGAAUUCCGACUGGGAGCGUUAUGCACCCAUAGUAUUGCUAUAUGAACGAGGCACACUCCACUCUAAGGAAAUAAGUGCUGCUCUUCGCAAUGAAUAUUUCGGUGGGGAAACUAUUGAGAAUCCAGGUUCAUUGCAAGCGCUUGGAAGACUAUACAGUGAUGCAAUUAUUGGUGUUGGAUACAAUCGAUUUAUGCGCCUGAUGGCUCCUCAUACACCGAUUUAUACAUAUUAUUUCCGCUACAAAGGACGCUACAGUUUUCUUAAAGAUCCUGAGACUAAUAAAACUUUUGGGGCGAUGCAUCACGAUGAGCUCAUAUAUCUGUUCCAAGUGCCGCUCAUAUCUCCCCUCUUUAAUAUAACCGAUCCUGAAAAUACGACUAUCGAACGACUUACGCGUAUGUGGACUGGAUUUGCUUCAACUAGCAAUCCUAAUAAUUCAACUGAUAAAUAUUUGUGCGAUUUAAACUGGCCAUUAUAUAAUACUGAAAAUCCAAAAUAUUUAGAAAUUGAUGAAGAAAUGACAAUCAAAUCUGGCAACAUCAAUGAGCAACGUUACAAGUUUUGGGAUAAAUUAUUUCCGAUUCCCACUGGAGACAAAGAAUCGCGUAUAUAACAUAAACUUAUAAGGGUUUUCUAUACAAAUUAUAAUACCUUUUGUUUGUUUU